AUGCGAUCGACCUACUUCCUCCUUGCAGGUCUGCCAUCAGCCUUGGCUGCGAUCGGAGGCGAGUUCAAUGUCCUCACGCUCAACGUCGCGGGUCUCCCACCGAUCUUCAACGGCAACGACGUGCCUGGCGACAAAACCGAGAAUUCGCGGCUGAUCGGGAAGAAGUUUGCUGAGUAUGGCUACGACGUGAUCCAUGUGCAGGAGGACUUCAAUUACCACGCCGCCAUCUACGAGACUGACAAUCACCCCUACCGGACCCCAACCUCGGGCGGUGCAGCGAUCGGAUCUGGUCUCAAUACGCUGUCCAAUUUUGAAUUCCUGAAUUUCGCGCGCACGAAAUGGGCGACGUGCUCGAAUGCGUCCGGCGCGGAUUGCCUCACGCCCAAAGGCUUCACCUCGAUGCGCGUGAGGGUGGCGGAGGGCGUGUAUGUGGAUUUCUACAAUAUGCACACGGAUGCCGGCUCCAAGACUGAAGAUGUCGCUGCUCGCGGCGCCAACCUGCAGCAAGUCGCGGAUUAUAUCAGGACCUACUCGGUCGGCAACGCGGUCGUGGUCUUUGGCGACACCAACGCACGGUACACCUCGUCCGGCGAGAAGAUUCGCGUCUUCCAGACAGAGAAUGGCAUGACCAACCCGUGGGUGCAGCUCGUGUUGAACGGUGACGAGCCAAAGGAAGGGACGGAUCCACUCUUGUGCGAGAAUCCCAGCACGGUCAACACCUGUGAGACAGUGGACAAGAUCUUCUAUCGCGGGAGCCGUGCGAUCGAUCUGCAGGCCACUUUCUGGAACUAUGAGAGUAGCAAGUUCCUGAGCGAGAGUGGGACGAUCCUGUCCGAUCACAAUCCCGUCACUUCCAACUUCACCUGGACGCUGUCGGAUUCCAUCCGCCAGAGUGACCUCUGGGGCGGACCCCAUGGAACCUGGUUCAAUGAUAUUGAAUCCAUUCCCAGCACCUCCACGGGCGCGAACAAACCCACCAAAAUCUCCCUCCGCGGCUCGAAGCGGUUGGACAGCGUCGGUCUCGCGCUGGCCUCCGGGAAGAGCUACAACCACGGCGGCACGGGAGGCACGCUGUCCGAGCUGAUCCUGCAGGAUGGCGAGCACUGGACACGCGCCAGACUGUGCCAGGCGAAGUACAAUGACCGCACGCGCAAUUUCUACCUGCUGGCAACGACCAGCGCGGGCCGCAGCGUCAGAGCAGGCACGGCGACGGACGAUUGCAGGGAGUUUGUGGCGCCCGAGGGGUGGCAAAUCGUAGGCUUUUAUGGGCAGGAUGGCGAUGAGAUGGAUCAAUUGGGCUUCAUCUAUGGCUUGAUCUAG